AACCGCGCCCUCCUCGCCCCGCCCACCGCCACCUCCGCCAAUCGCCGGCCGCGGUUUCCCAGCCCCACCCCUCCCCUCCCCGGCGCUCGGGGAUGACGUCAGGAGGCGGUGCCGAGCCGCGGGCCGGAGCGGGCCCAGGUUGGAUGUAGAGUCUAAACUUCUUGCAGGUGACCCUCUAAAACAUUUCUUGUUUGUCCACAUCAUUCUCCUGAUGGAAGACCAGCCGAGGUUCCCUUUCUGCUGUUAGUGCUGAACAGUUGCUUGGAGAGGUAGUGAAUGAGUGAAGAUACGCUCCGUGCUGGUAACGUGUAUGAUUACGUUUCAGCUCUAAUAGCUUUUCUGUAGCCUUCUGUGAAGACUCAGGCACCAUAUCGAUGGGCUCUGAGCCAAAGAGUAGAAACCUAAAACUGCUUGGCUGGCUGCCAGAGCAUGUAUAGACAGUUUCUCUGUCUCCUUGCCAACACUAUUAUUUUAAUCAGCACUUAAAGACUCAUCGAAGUGCAGCUAAUUUGGUUCUGCUGGAAUACAGUGUGAGGAGCAAGAACUCCCUUUGCUUUAGUCUGGAGCAGCUGGUGGGAAUUCCACUGUGUACACCCAGCUCCAUGUGGAAAAAAGAGAAGUGCUACUCGGUGCCCGAAGAUGUGAAAGAAAGCAAAGCAGAGUCAGGACGUUAAGAGAUGUCAAAGCCCACCUUAAUUUCUUAGGGACGUGGUUGUUGCUGACGCUGCCCUGGGAAAAUGCCUUGACGGUGAAUUAACACCAGUCAGUGAUGGGCUGUGGGACAAGCAAAGUGCUUCCCGAGCCCCCCAAAGAUGUGCAGCUGGACCUGGUCAAAAAAGUGGAACCUUACACAGGCCACAAUGACAUAUAUAAGCAUUUCAUCAAAGAUGACUGUGGGACUAUCAUCAAAGCUGGCUCUCCCUCGCCUCCGCGUCACGCGAACCCUUGUCCUGGCAACCACCUGCCUGCCCACGUGGACCAGCCUGAGCCCCGCAAAAACAAAGUGGCUAAAUACCGUGCCAAAUUUGACCCCAGAGUGACGGCCAAGUACGACAUUAAAGCUCUGAUCGGGCGAGGGAGUUUUAGCCGCGUUGUGCGGGUAGAACACAAGGCCACCAAGCAGCCCUAUGCAAUCAAGAUGAUAGAGACCAAAUACCGGGAGGGGAGGGAAGUGUGCGAGUCAGAGCUCAGCGUGCUACGGCGAGUUCGUCACACCAAUAUCAUCCAGCUGAUUGAGGUGUUUGAGACCCAGGACCGUGUGUACAUGGUGAUGGAAUUAGCAACAGGAGGAGAACUGUUUGAUAGAAUCAUCGCUAAAGGUUCCUUUACUGAGAGAGACGCUACACGUGUGCUGCAGAUGGUGUUGGAUGGUGUGAAGUACUUGCAUACGUUGGGUAUCACGCACCGGGACUUAAAACCAGAGAAUCUGCUGUACUAUCACCCAGGAACAGAUUCCAAAAUCAUGAUUACAGACUUUGGGCUGGCCAGUGCUCGGAAGAAGGGGGACGACUGCCUGAUGAAAACCACAUGUGGGACCCCAGAGUACAUUGCUCCCGAGAUCCUGGUCAGGAAGCCGUACACUAACUCUGUGGACAUGUGGGCACUGGGUGUGAUCUCAUACAUUCUCCUGAGUGGCACUAUGCCCUUCGAAGAUGACAACCGCACACGCUUGUAUCGGCAGAUCCUGAAAGGAAAAUACAGUUACUCAGGCGAGCCAUGGCCCAGUGUGUCCAACCUGGCCAAGGAUUUCAUUGAUCGUCUGCUCACAGUGGACCCCAGUGACAGGAUGACAGCCCUUCAGGCCCUGAAGCACCCAUGGGUGGUCAGCAUGGCAGCCUCGUCCUCCAUGAAGAACCUACACCGUUCCAUCUCACAAAACCUUCUCAAGAGAGCGUCUUCCCGCUGCCAGAGCACCAAGUCUGCGCAGUCCACCCGCUCCAGCCGCUCCACCAAAUCCAACAAAUCACGACGGGUUCGGGAGCGGGAGCUGCGGGAGCUCAACCUGCGCUACCAGCAGCAGUACACUGGCUGAGCGCCGGCUGGGACCUGCCGGGUGGCUUUCCCAAUGUCUUCUCUGCGGUGUAGGAACAUCCAGGUUCCUCCCUCCCUCCCUCGAGGUGUCCCCCCCAUCCAUGAGGAGGUGUGCCCCCUGUGCAGAGGAAAGGGAACCUCGUGGUGGCCAUCACACCCUGCGAGCUGUGCCACAGGAAACGGGGGAGCACUUGUGGGCUCAGAGCGCAGUUCAGAGCCUCAAGUCAUACACAAAUUAAGGAGCCACGUGGGGAGAAGAGCUCUUUCUGUAGCCCAGGAGCUUGGUUGCUCAUAGUUAUUUAUUAAUUCCAGAGUGUUAAGUUUCUCUCACUUGCAUAUGAAAAAAAGAAAUCACUUUAUGUGUAUGUACAUCUACGUAUGUGUGUGCAAUACAUGUGUGGGUGUGUAUAUGUAUUUUAAAACUACAUAUACACAAAUUUUGAGCUGGCUUAGUCAGACUGUGGUCCCUUUGCAGUGAAGGAGGUAUGAGUCACAUGCAGUUAGAAGUAGGAUAGCUCUGACUCACUGGCGUGCUGCCCACCAGCUCCUCAUCUCUGUACAGCUCUGAGGAGAUGCCAGACAGCAGUUUUCCGUGACAACUGGGAAGCUGCGAGGUUUCCCCCGAGGGCUGCCAUCCGCCUGAUGACAUCAAGGGUUUACUCAAGCUGUGCGAGAGCUGCCCUGCGAAUUGGCAACACAGGAUGGAGUGCUGCGAGCUCCAAGCUGGAGUUUGGUUCCUUUGAUCUGGAUGGGGUGGGUGCUCCUGAGGGAGGGGUGGGAAGAGGAUCAUGGUCCUGUAGAAUUUAAUGGUAUGCAAAGGGUUGUCUUUAGCAAGGCAGGAUUUUUAGAGGUUCUGUGCUGUCCCCCUUGAAUUGUCCUUCCCCUGCUUGCAGCCAGACCAGUGCCUGCCACGCAGGGUUUGUUGUUGCUGUGACCUGGCCCUGUCAUGUCUGUGACCAGACACACCUUGUGCCCUUCACACUAGUGUUACCGAUCGUGUUGCUUCACUAAAACUUUGGUGCUUCCAGGUAUUGCUCCUUGUGUGCAGGUUUUUGUGGGGCUCCUCUGUUUUGCGUGCCUGUUCUGGCCCGGUCUUGCUGUCCCUCCUCUGGGAUGGUGAAGUGGUGGUGGGAGCUGUUGGCAUGGCCACAAGUGACUCCAUAGCAUAAGGGCAGGGGCUUGAGCAGCAGAGAUAAAUACCCUAGAGACAGUGCAGAAAAACUUUAGAGCUGUUAGGUGUGACUUAAAUCCAACAGGAAAAAGCUGCCUUUCAGGUCUUCUUGUGCUGGAUGUGUCAUGUGGGGGCCUCUUGUGAAGAACCUCUCAGGUGAGGUGUGUGCUGUAGAGCUGAGGUUUGUGCAAGCUUGCUGAGACAUCUUCCCAGCUGGUCUGAGCAGCAGAGUGGGGCUGUUGGCACAAUCUCAGGGUGGAUUUGGCUUCUUGUGAUAGCGGAGCCAAGAUCUGCAGUGACGGCGAAUGCUGCUCUUUGAAGCUUUUCAGACAAAGCCGUGCGGUUUGCUUCACGCUGGGUACUUGGGAAGUGCUGGCAUAGCUCCGGGCUGGAAACGCAGGCUCUGCCAGCUCAAUGGGCUGGCGAGCGUGGCCUUUCCGCCCAGGAUUGAUGUCUGUGCUGCUGUGUUUCAGUGCCAGCAAGGUUUUAAGUGGUUGGUCACAUCUCCAGGGAGCUGUAACUGUACUGGCCGCAGCCCCUCCUGGUCAGCAAACAGCAAAGCAGGGCAGCUGCAGUGGGAGAAGAGUUUUCUGUGCUAAGGAGUGGGGGGGGAAGUAAUUUCUAGGGGUGUGCUUCCCACCCCAGGCUGGGCCAGGCCCUGACUGCUGUGAGCACAGCCCGGUGCACCCAGGCGUGCGGUGGGAAUGUGGCAGAGGAAACCUGAGGGCAGCCAGUGUGUUGCAGGGGUGAAUUCUAAAUCCUUGGCAUGGUUUUCAAUAUUAUUUUGAAAAAUCCAAAUCGUUUGCAGGCUGCCCUUUCUCUGAGUGGCCAUCCUACCAUAUCAUAGAAUGAUUUUGAUUGGAAAAGACCUUUAAGAUUGAGUCCAACCAUUAACCCAACCCAGUCAAGUCCUUCUCUAAACCAUGUCCCUAAGAACCUCAUCUGCACAUCUUUUAAACCCCUCCGGGAAUGGUGCUUCCACCACUGCCCUGGGCAGCCUGUGCCAAUGCCCAACAAUGCUUUCUGUGAAGAAAUUUUUCCUAAUAUCCAAUCUAAACCUGCCCUGGUGCAACUCGAGGCUGUUUCCUCUCAUCCUGUCGCUUGUUACUUGCCUAACACUCUCCAUGCUACAACCUCCACAUGGUCUUUCUUCCGUCAACAUUAAUGGAUGCCACAGAAUUACCAAAAAUCGUUCUUUUCAACUCUGUGGACUGCAAAACAAAAGUUUCUUCAGCUUCUUUUGCUUUCUCAUGUCAUUUUCUGUGGUUCUUUACCAUGAACAAUAAACCAGGUGGGAUUUCUGUCAAUACAGGCAGCUCCGUAAACAAUUCAGUGCCCCUUGUAUUACUGCCAACGGCUCUCCAAAAGCCGCAACGACUAAGGCAAGAAUCGACUGGAACUUUGUUCUUCUCUUGUAUGUUACACACUGGCAGGAUGCUUUCUCAAAAGGCUUCUGGUUUUGAGCCAUUAUUCAGAGUCUCCUGCAUAUUUGGAGCAUGGCACCCAGAUGCUGUGAUCUCUUUUACCUCCUGGUUCUUCCAUGGCCCUCCCCAGGUUAUCUGGUGUGUUUGUCCUCAAAACAGGUGGUUUUGCCUGUGCAAGGAGGUCAAACUGAUUAACUGAGCCAAGACCUGUAGAACUGAGACCCUUCCCUUUAACCACUAGACCAUCACAAUGUGCAGGAGUGCAGGUGUCUGCCCAGCCUGUUCCUUCGUGCCUUCUCCUGUGGGUGGGGGGUGGGUGAAGGUGGAGAGGAGGUCAGGAUGGUGAGCUCUGGUCUGACCGGGCUCGUUUCUCCACCUUCACAAAGCAGAGCAAGAAUCUUCUCAUCUGUGACAAUUUUUGCUUUGCUGCUCUUUUCAGCUGUUAGGUUUUCACCCACAAAAGUUAACUCAUAGUGUGUUUGGGGUGGAAUAUGUUUUGGGAAGUGAGAUGUUGCUGUGUAUGUUCUCCUAACAGUGUCAGUUUUCUGUGAUGAUGCUCGAAUGGCUGGGGGGUGAAUUGGCAGAAGGGAGGAUCCUUCACACUCAUGGGCAAUGCUGGGUAGCUGCUAUGAGACAAUUGCACCAAAGAGGACCACAUCCAUCCCAUAAGGGGCCUUGGCUUUUCUAGAAAAAGAACUUAAAAAUCAAUGUAAACAUGAGGAACAUCUUUAUAGGCUUCCCUUCCAUCAUUUGACUGUGACUCUCCUGGCUCAAUCCCUCUCCUUUUUCUAAAUUCAGUGUUUGCAGGAACUCUUACACCCAGAACAAUAACGUGUGGGCAGAGGGGAGACGAGCAGAGCUCCGACCAAGUGUCCCUUGGAGUCCUCAGUGAUCUUCCUGUUUUCACUCUGUCUGAAAAACUGUGAUGUCCAAACACUACACUGCAAGAACAAUUCCUCAGGUGCUUUUACCCUUGCAAUGGGGGCACGUUUUCAGCUGGGUCUGCUGGGAGGGGAACAGGCAAAGUGCUGUAAUUUUGAGCCGUAGUUUAGGUGCCUUCAAUCUGUCCUCUAAGAAGCUCUUCACUGUGAAUUAUCUCGAUUGUCUGUCUUCAUAUAUAUUCCACAGGAGUAUGUCAGUGCUCAGUUUAUCUUAAGUCUCAGGAGUUUACACUUUUCAAGUGUGCCUUGUUUGGGGAUUUUAGAAGCUAAAAUACCCAGAUUUCUUUUUUCCCUGCUCUUUUGUUUAAUUUUUUAAAUCCCCUUCUGUGACUCUUCAUGGUGGUUCUUAAUUCAGCUCGUGGGGUUUUUUGGAAGGUUUCUGCUGGUACUGAAUUAGCCAGGAGAAUGCAGGUAACAAAUGCAUGUUCCAGACCAUUGCUGAGUUGCAGUCUUUAUAUUAGUUGGGCUGCACAUCUCAGAGUGCUUUUGUUUUCUGUACUUUUGUUCAUGCAAUGAAAGCGAAGCUGGAAUGACACCUAGUGGCAAAUUGUUGUGUGUCCUUGUCCAAGUCCAGCCAUCUGCUGGGUGUGUUCCCACUGUUCCUGGGUGAGAUGCUCUUACAAAGAGGAAUCUGGGUUUGCUGAGUGAUGCUCCUGGACCACACCUGCAGUCCCAGCUGUUUAACAGCUCGCUCAACGGGACACUGUUUUCUCCUUUACUGAUCCCAAAGAACAGCAUCUGACCCCACGCAGGGGAGCGUGAGUCCACGUGCAUGAACUGGAAGGGAUGCUCAGUGCUGGGGAAAAGACACGUGCGGCCAACCCACCAGUGUCUCGAGGGGAUGCUCACCAGCACCCUGCCCUGGGGAGACAUCUCAGGGCUCACUAGGAGAAAGACUCUGAGGUUGGAAUCAGUAGGUUUGGGACUUUCUCCCACCUUGAGAAAUGAUGGAGCAGCUCAGUGUGUUGCUUCCCUGUGUAUUCUGUUUCAGGGAAAAGCAAUUUUAAGGAGUAGAGGGAAUUAUGGUUGGUAGUAUUUUGGAACUUAGCUGUACUGUGUGAAAUAAUCCCAGUGUUUUGUCCCUGAGAGUUUGGCUGCUCUCUUGGGAGAGAGAACUACGGCUUCAAAGAAUGUGGCCUGUUGAUUCCUUGAUUUCUUCUUUUUUAAAUUUUUUUUAAGGGUUAUUGGAAAUGAAUGUGAAAAGGUCUUCCAGGAAUAACAUCAGGUGGUCUACAUACUUGUGAAGCUUUGCAUCCAGAUUUUUGAGUAUGUGAUGUAUUUUUCCAUGCAUUUUGCUAAAACAGCGGUUACUUGUCCGUGUUUGAUUUACUUCCCACCCUUCUCAGGCUCCUAAAAAACAUUAACAUGUCAACCCAGUGGUGGUAGAAACUCCCCUUCCUUCAAUCCAGAAGAAGUCUGUGCUGUUUAACACUGUGGUAACAUCCAGAUGCUUCUGCCGGUUCCUGGACUGCGUUGUUCUUGGAAAUGUACAGCCGGACGUGAGGGACAGCUUUAUGUGAUGAGAGUCAGCCCAGACAGAAGGGCUCUGACCUGCCGGUUCAGUAGCGACGUGGAAACCAGCUGCAGUGUAGGGCCUGCCUUACGUAUUUAUCUUGGAAAUUAUAAACCCUCAAACUCUUAACUUCUUUGGAAUUUGGGUCAGGUAUUUUCUGCUCUGCUAAUUUCCAUUCUUUCUCAUACCCUGCUCCGUUUCUCAAUCCUGUUUACUACCCGGGUGUUUGGCUGAAGUACUGAUACAGUCAACUUAUGUGUCAUUCACAAACGGGGAUGGGGUUGUGGUUAACUCGACUACUGGGCAGCAACUCUGGGUUUGGCUCCGCGGGAGCCGUGGUGAGUCCUGGAGCCAGGUGAAAGUGUCUGUACGGUGGGAGGAGGCUCGGAGGACCCGCGGCACAGGCUCAGCUCAAAAUGAUCUUGUACAACAUAGGAGUGCCUGGCUGUUCCAGGCACUUAUCAGACUGCAUGAGGCCCAUAGUCUGAGUUUAAGUGAUGAUGCUAAAGGUUCAGAGGGUUUGAGGCAGGGUAAACAAAAAUCUCAAUUAUUUGACUUAAUUUAGUUUUCUAAACGAAGCAAAGCAACACAGAGAUUGGCUUUUUGGGGGCAUCACACCCUCUGAAGGAGUCACAGUCUGUUCUCCGGCAGCAGUGUGAGCCCUGGGAUUUGCAGGGAGGGUGGUUGUGUCCCGGCCUCUCACCAGCUCGGUUUCAUCCUGGAAAAUACCACAAAGUGCCUGUACCCCUGGGUGCCAGAUGCCCAGCCCCAAGUUGCCUGCACCUCUCUUGGGAGGUUUUUGGUGCUUUUUUCUGACCACUCCGUCUCUCCUUGUUCAGCCUGGAUUAGAAAUGCAGCUCUCGGAGGCAGGUGCAUGUCAGUUGUGCCUUACUGAGCAGUAAAUUUGCAAAAAAAUCGAAAAAAAAAAAUGUGAAGCAGCAGGGAUGUGCAGUGGCAACGACAUCGCGGAGCUUGGUACCCUGCACACUUGGUGUCCCUGCGGCGAGGGAGCUCUGCCUGCCUGGUGACACUUUUUCCUUCUCCCGCUGCGGCAAUACUGUAGAUCCCUCGUGUGUGACGGGCGAGCUCCUCACUGCUGUUGCAGAUCACGUUGCACUGUGUUUGUCUGCUGAACGCGGGGGAGACCCACAGCCCCAACACGGUGCGUUGGACACGAGCAGCUCCUGCCAGCACACCCAGAUGCCCUGAGCUUUCCUGUUGCCUUUCGCUACGGAAAGACACCUCCCGGGAAGCUCUCGGGACCGGAGCUGUUCCGGCACUUGCUGUUAUUUUUGGUCACCAAAUUUCCGGUGCUGGGUUGGAACGGUUUGGAAGUAACUCCGGUUGCAUCCUGUUCAUCUCACAACGGGGCUGUUUUGAGAAGCCUCCAGUUCUGUGGCUUGCCUUUUGAAUCCUGUCUUUACACUAAGGGCUGUUGUAGGAUGAGGUCUGAACCAUUGUAAUUAGUCUGUAAUGUUACGAUUAGAGUGUACAGAAUUAUUUAUUUUGUGUACUCAGUCUGCUCAACAUGUUAAAUGUAUUCUGUGUACCACA